AUGUCUUUUUUAGGAAAUCUCAAGACAUUAACUCUGAAGUUGUGCUCGAAAAAUGAGCAUGUUGUUAUCGGAAAGAAAAAGUUAUUAUGGCCUGAAAAAUGCCUUCCAAAUGAUAUUUUCAACUUAUCAAAUGCUCUUUUUAGAAUAAAGUCAGAUAAGUACUCGUUAUAUGUCGGUAAUUCAGAAGAUUAUGCUUCAUCUGCGUCAAUUUAUUCGGCAUUUACCUCUUUGGGUGUUACGGAAUCUGUCGAUAACCUUGCUGAGAAAAUUUCUCAUUGCUUGGAAAAAAAAGAUUUGGAUACCAUUUGGGCUGAUUUGUCAAGGCUCUCCAAAAAACGAAUUGUUACUACAUCUCCAUUCUUGUCCAUAACUCUUUCAGCACAUAUGCAAAUGGCUUUAGUAAAACUCUUACGCAAACAUGUUGACGAAAAACAUUUCGAUAGAGUACUUACGUUCUUUAUCCAUUCAAGAUUAAUAACUACAUCCAGGGCGAGCUCUAAGCUUAUUGAAUUGUUGGCUAGUAAGAAUUUGAUUUCUCAUGCGGUAAAUUUUUUGCGCUCGUCAUUAAUUUUAGAUGAUCAAUCAUUUGCAUCAUUCCUCAAAAUAGCUUCUGAAGAAUGUGCGUCUGGAAAUUUCAGCGUGCUUCUACUUCUACUAGAAAAGCCUAUUAAUAGCUGUGGGUUACGACAUGCUGUCUCGGUAAACUUGAACGAAACUGAAGUUGCUGUACUCAUUCAGAGAUUGAUUUCUUUAUGUUAUGACAAAGACCAUGAAGGAUUAUUUGAUAAAGUAUCGGUGCUGAAAUUAAUGGGAGUUUUAAUUGACAGCCAUUCACAACGUUUUAUCUGGGAUGAGAAAUGCCACAGUACAAUCCGAAAUGCCGCUAGUUGUUCAUCAGCAAUGGUACAGUUAUUUGAUUUGUUUCGUCAUCUUGAGCAACGAUUGAAUCAGCGCGAGAAAAUUGAAGAUGAUUUUUCUGUAAUUAAUAAUGAUUAUAUAAUUAGGAAUAUAAGAUUUUCUCAAAAGCCAUUAUAA